AUGAAGCAAAAGAUCAAGAAACUCGAUGAGAAAGUUGACAAGGAUUCAAUAAAGAUUACUGAGAUUCGAAAGGGCUGCGAGGAGUCAACAAAUCUCAUACCCCAAUUGGAGGAAGACAUUCCCAAAUUGCAAAAACUCUUUCUUAAGGAGAACUCCAAAG